AUGGCAGAAGCUAUCGGCCUGGCAUCGGGGGUGCUAAGCUUUGCGUUGCUCGCUUCUAAGUCCAGCAUCGCCCUGUACAACACAGUUCAGGGCAUCCGGACCCAACCCAAGCGUGUGCGGGAUCUCGCCGACGAGCUCAGAGCCGUGAGUGAAGUGCUGUACUUGCUUACCGACACUAUCGACGUCGCGCCCGGUAACGAACUAUCUGCGCUUGACACGCCUUUGCGACGAGGCGACGAGGCGUGCAAGGAGUUUGAGCAAGAGCCCCUGCGAUGCUCCUCGCGGUCUAGCGGCGAUCGCGCUAGCACCCCCCUCGCUGAUGCGCAACUGCGCCGAUCCGUAACGACCGCCGAGAAUCUCGAAAACUAUCAAACAAUGAUUAAAACGACAACCGAUGAUCUCGAGGCUCGUCUCGAAAACAUUGACGCUAAUCUUGCCGCUAUAAUCGAGCACAUUGGAGAAAGCACACAGAAAUGUCUUGAACUCAGCGCGCAGUUGGCGAACCGCAUCAGCUAUGACGCUCAUACUCACGAGAACCUCUAUCCUGAACACACCGUCGCGGAUGUAGAAAAACAUAUGCAACAGUUGAUGGACCGGCUCAUCGUGAGGUCGUCGACGCAGAUGAGCUUGGAGCAUGACGUGGCGCAACUCACUAGACUGCGUGAGGGGUGGACGACUGCCGGACAGUGUCUCGAUAUCUGUUCCCAAGCUGAAAGCCACGUGGAGGAGGACUUUAGCAUCAUUGACAAUUACGCGACCGGAGACGAUACCGUGCAGUUCUUAGUGUCGACUACUGGGAAAACGAUAUAUGGCAAGAAUCGAGGUUACGGAUCAACGACUCGCAUCGGCGGGCGCAUAGCUACACGACGUAUUCAGCUCAUCAGUCAGCGAGCUUACUCCGAUGCUGGACAGUGCUCUCCGUCCAAAUAG